AUGUCAGAAUAGUACAGAUAUCCCCCAAAUGUCAAGACAGUACAGAUAUCCCCCAAAUGUCAGAACGGUACAGGUAUCCCCCAAAUGUCAGAACAGUUCAGGUAUCCCCCAAAUGUCAGAACGGUACAGGUAUCCCCCAAAUGUCAGAACGGUUCAGGUAUCCCCCAAAUGUCAGAACGGUACAGGUAUCUCCCAAAUGUCAGAACGGUACAGGUAUCCCCCAAAUGUCAGGACAGUACAGAUGUCCCCCCAAAUGUCAGGACGGCACAGAUGUCCCCCCAAAUGUCAGGACGGCACAGAUGUCCCCCCAAAUGUCAGGACGGCACAGAUGUCCCCCCCCCAAAUGUCACGACGGUACAGAUGCCCC